AUGGUACGAGAAACAAGGUACCUUCUUGUUGGGAAUUUACCCGAGAAAACCACAGAAGAUGCAGUAGCAGAGCAUUUUAAGCGAUAUGGUAAAAUUCAGAGUGUAAAAUUGCAUCACAGGGAAAAUGAAGAAGGGUCCUCAGCGAUUGUUGCAUUUGGAGACAUUAAAUCGGCUUCCAAAGCUCAUGGUGCUGAAAAUAAAAUAGACGGAAAUGUUUUAUCUACGGAAUACAGUGAAGGGUCUGCUACCGGAAGUGCUGUAACAAGAACUGUCGAGCAAAGACCAGGCUACAGUAGACCAUAUAGUAGAAGCAAAGGGUCUGAAGAGGGUGAAUCUUUUGAUUCAUACUAUGGCAGCAGUAGAUACUCGGGCAGUUACGGAGAGGAAAUAUACAAUAGAGGCAGACCAAGAGAAAGAUUUUCUGGAAGAGGAACAUUCAAAUCUUAUGAUACUAGGGGUGGAUUUCAUGGACGAGUCAAGUCAGUAGAUCAGUCAUCUCAAGAUGGGUUUGAGAAACCGAAGGUCCCUCAAUCCCCUGCCCAUUCUACAUCACACAGCGGCAGCCGACACAGUAGUAAAUAUAAGAAGAAAAAGCAGGUGUCAAGAUCAGGCAGUCAGAGCAGCAGCAGUAGUAGUUCUAGUAACUCCACAUCAAGCAGUGCUUCACGGUCUAGCAGUAGAAGUUCUAGUCGAUGUAGUGCUUCUCGAGCCAAUGCUUUGCCCGCAGUGGUGAAAACCAGCUACCGGACAGAAUCCCAAGAGUCCAACAACAGUGACAAGACAGGAGCAAAUGACGAUGACAAGCGUCCUAGAGGAAUCAUCAUUCAUCAUUUACCAAUGAGAUCUACAGAUACAAGUUUGAGAGAUGGACUAUUUCAUGAAUACAAGAAAUAUGGAAAAGUCAAUGCUGUCCUAGUUGCAGGAGUGGGAGAUGACAGAUAUGCAGUUGUCAGUUUUAGAAAGCCUGAGGAUGCAAUCAAGGCAUUAUCAGCAUCACAGGAUAAAGUCUUCUUUGGGUCCAAAAUAAAAGUGGCACAGCAUGAGGGGAUAGAAGUAGAUGACAAUGAGUUUCGUCCUCCUGAGGCUGAGCUGGAUGAACAUCAUCCCAAAGCCACUCGCACUUUGUUUGUGGGCAACUUGGAAAAAGAUAUAUCAAACCAGGAACUUAGAGAAAGGUUUCUGAAAUAUGGAGACAUACUUGACAUUGAUGUGAAGAGACAAGGGGCUGUAUCAGCAUAUGCCUUUGUACAGUUCACUGACAUCCGUAGUGUUGUUAAAGUUCUUAGGGAGAUGGAAGGAGAAGUAUGGGGCUCCAUGAAACUCAAGCUGGGAUUUGGAAAAAGUAUGCCAACAAACUGUGUAUGGCUUGAUAAUGUGGAUCAAACAGUCCAGGAAAACUUUUUAAGCCGACAGUUUGGUCGUUAUGGACAGGUUACUCAUGGAAUUAUUGACAGAAUAAAAGGAAAAGCUCUGGUCUACUUUACCAAUGCUGAACAAGCACAGUAUGCACUUGUGGAGAUGAGGAACAGAAUACUUAAUAACAAGAAAAUAAUGAUUGACUUUGCCAGCAGAGACUGCCAGGCAGAAUUUUAUGAACAGAUGGAGAAGAAUGGACAACUAAAGGCUGGUCUUCGUCCUGAUGAAAGGAGGGGAUGGAUGUACAAUCGACAGACAGCAGAAGGCCAGUGGGAAGCAAGUUAUGACAACAGACCUGCAAACUUCUUCAAAUUCAGUCCUGGGUUCAGAGGUAGAGGUUCAAGGACAGCUGGUCGUGGAGGAAGUCGGGGAUACAAAGAAGAAUUCUCAGAUGAGUACAGGAGAACGAGAUCAUAUGAAGAUUAUAGAUAUCCAGGGGACUCUGAUGAUUUUGAGCAGGAUUUGAGAGCAUAUCAGAGAGAAAGGCAGCAUGGAAGCCAAAGCCCACCUCCCUACAUAGAAGAAGUGUAUGAAGACCCAGCAUACCGCAGAUCUAAGGAUUACUAUAAGUAUGCCGAGUCUUACCGAAGUGGAAGUCCACACAGUGACAGAGCAUUUGAAGGAUAUGAUUAUGACAAAAUUCGUUUGGAGGAAAAAUAUUACGGAAAGGAGAGAUAUGUUGUUCGUGAAAGAAGUCCAGAUGUGGAAUAUAGUAGAAGAAGCUGGAGUCGAUCACCAUCUCAUGGAGCUCCGGGACAGAUAAAAGAAAACGUGGGUCGUAAUACUCCUCCUACACCAAUGGAUGACGAAGCUCGAGACUUUUCUUCUCGAGAUGUCAGCCCUAUGGAAGAGGGUCAGACAAAGUUCGGUGAUUCAAAAAAUAAAAGACGAAGUGAGGAUGACUUCAAUAUUAAUGAAGCAGACAUAGCCGAGUUAACAGGACGACCCAAGUACCCAGGCAUGUAUCGGACAGAUAGUUCGCCAUGGACGGAGGAUAAGUUUGAAAGAAAACGUUCAUAUGAUGAAACUUUUGGUCAAGAUUACAUUAAAUCUCCAAGGAAACUUGACAGACAAUUAAGUAACAAGUCAGCUUUGGAGAGAAUUGAAUUUUCAAAACGGGAUUUAUAUCAAAAGUAUCAAAUCAUUCAGUCACGUAUCACUGAAAAGUUGAAAGGUCGUAAUGAAAGCAGUCCAAGCUCAGCAAGUAGUGGGUCAGAACCGGGACAAUUAAAUGAAGGUGAACUCUCUAAACUUCAACAUGAAAAAGCUCUCUUACUUGAAAAAUUGAAGCAAUUGGACAAGGAAUCUAGUACAAGUGAUAUAGAAGAGGCUUUUGAUAGUGAGGAUCCGAGGAAAGUUCUAUCAAAGCGUGCUAGAAUGGAUCCAGUGGGACCCUGGGGAGAUUCUGUUCACCAUCUACAAAUGGAGUCGGGCACAAGUGUUCCAAACAUAAAAUCCUAUGACUAUAAAGGAUUAGAUUCAACCUCUAGUGUACGAAAACAACCAGACAAUUUGCAUGAGAAAGAAAGGAACAAAUCUUGUACAAGAUCAAGUGUUGAAGGAAGUGAUCAUGAGGAAUUUACUUCAGUAGUUUCUCCAAAAGAUGUUCAAAUUGGAUUUCGUAAGAAGAGGAGAAAAGGUGAACAUUCAGAUGAGAGGAGCUUAUCGUUCAGAUCAAAGCAUAGUGAAGAGGAAGAUCAUGUUAGUAGUGACAAUGAUGAAGUGAAAAACAUUUCUAGAUUUGAUCAAUUAUCAUCAAAUCCUGUCUUCAGAAGAUUGUCAAGUAAUCAUUCAUCACCUCGCACUCCUCAUUUUUCUCAUGAAUCUUCAAAUGCAUUGCAUAAACAACAUAAAGAGACUGAUGUAUCAGGAAGUGAAGGGAUACCUAGUUCACAUUCUGAGGAAAUGAAACAUCAUAAAAAGACUGAAUCAUUCAACAAAUCUCAUAGCCAUAGAUCUAAACAUAGGCAUAAAGAAGAUCAUCAACCCCCCAUAAUCCCUCUGGGUGAUGAUUUCCCCAACCCAGAGUUACUGGAUCCCAGGAAUCCAGACAGAAUACACAAGUCCCUGUCUCUACCUCUGCCAAAAUUUGCAGAAUUAGAUGCAAAUGUGAUGACUUCACCAGAUGUGAAUAUAUCCCCUGAUAUUUCUAAAAGUGAAUCCCCAAGGUUUUCUUCUCCAAGUAGUGGAAGUAAAAACACUUCGUCACCCCAGAGAUCUCCAAGUGAAUCCGCCUCAACAAAUUCACAGGAAAAUCCUCCACAGGAAUAUAUUCCAGAGGAAAAUCCAUCAGACAUGAAUAAUGAUGGUGCACCAGUGGAACCUAUGGAAGGGAAAGGUGAAUUUGAUUCUGAUGGGAGUUCUGAUCAUAGUGACCAUAAUGACAAUUUUGAGAUGGAUAAAAUCUCACUGGAGGAGCGAAUUAGAAGACUUGAUGAGAAACUGAAUGCAGUACCUUUACCUCAAAGUAGUACUAAAUUGGCAAGUGAAAUGAGUUCUUUGUCAUCCAACUCUACCGUAGUGUCAAAGUCAGAUACUCAGGUUUCAUCACUUUCUAGGACAGCUUUGUACUCCAAGUUUAAAAUCAAUAAGAAAGAAGUGACUCCAGGGACAGGAACGGAUGUUAAAACAGGAGAGAGCACAGACAUUGCAAAGAAAGUCACCUCACGAUUUAGUAUUAUAGACCAGGAUACAAAGCGAUUACAAGACAAAAUAUAUGAAAACUACUCCCCAAAACCUACAUCAAAUUUAGAGGAUACCCAAAUUACUAUGUCUCCUAUGACACCACUUCGCACAAAGGGAGCUGUGAAGGAGAUGCCUGCACAGAUGCCGAAUCUCUCUACAUUGCCAGGGUCCUUAGCAGGAAGGCUAGGAAAUGGAGCUGCUCCAUUUCCAACUUUGACAGUAACAACUACGACUUCUAAUAAUGGCAAACCUGAAGAAAUAAAUGCUGUAGAUGUUUCUACAGUCAAUUCUGCACUAGCACCAGCAAUACCAGAGAAGCAAUGGCCAGUAGAGGGAUGCUUAUCAUCAAAGUCAUUAUUGAAGCCAUGGCAAAUAGAGUCUGCAUCAGUGCCAAAAAAUAGUUCCAAUGAUCAAAGUAAUGUGAAAGACUUUGCUUUAGGCCAAUACCUUUCUGAAGAAUCUGCACAGAGACCAUUAAUUACACCAGCAUUUAAAAAGCAAAUGAGUGAUAAUUUUUCCAGGACAGAUGAAAAAUCAUCUCCAAAAAUUUCUCCAAAAUUUCUUAAUAAAUCGCCAUCACCAUCAAUGGAAAAGAAGGCUGGUUCUCCAACUGUUGAAGUAUCUCUGUCUCCAAAAUCAGACAACAAAUUGUCACCAGAUAUCAGUGAACAGAGAUCAAAUCUACCAUCAGAAAGUGUCCAGUGUGGCUCAGAAAUGCCAAAAAUGGAGACUGAGAAGAACUCUGUGUGUAAUGAGGAGGUAAAAACAAAUUCUGACUUUACACAUGAUUCAUCAUCUGGUAUUUCACCUCCAAAAAGUGAGGAAGAAUCAAUGGAUGUGUCAGCAGAAAAUUCCUCAGAGCUGAGAGAAGAUGAAGGGAAAAGAAAUAAUGAAAGGGAUGAUGACACCAAGCCAAAAAGUACACCACCUGUUGUGUUAACAAAAGCAGAAGUGAAAGAUAUGUCACCUCUAAAGUUAACCAAGCAGAGUAGUGGCAGUAAAGAAAAGUCAUCAAAUUCUUCAAAAGAGUCUCAAAAGAAACAAAACCAAGAAUCUUUCGAGGAGCUUUUAGGUUUAAAUUCUCCAGUGGUGUUUGGAAAACGAAAAGCAGAAACAGAGGAAGUGAACAAAUCCCAAAAUGAGAGAGACAAAAAAGAUGUAGUUAGAGAGCAAAAAUCUGAAUGUAAUGGUUCAGAUUCAGACUCCAAGGAGGUGGAAAAGUUACCACAGUCAAAGAAACCGAAAAUCUCGGAAACGGAAUCUCAGAGCUCGGACACUUCACCAGAAAAGAUGGAUAAAUCGAACAGCAGUGCUAAAAGUAAAGAUUCUCAAAAGAAAGAAAAAAGCAAGGACUCCAAAAAGAAAGAAAAAUGUGAGGGAGACUCUGUUAAAAAGGAUAAAAACAAUCAUGAAAGAAAGGAUAAAGACAAAGAUGGAGGCAGAGACAAAGGGACCAAUUCAAGUUCUACAAAGUCACAGUCACUCUCCUCAAGCAGUAGUAGUAAACCUGAAAACAACAAGAAUGGCAAGACAGACGAAAAAAUAAUUAAAUCCAGUAAAACAGAGCAAAAGAAGCCUGAGAAAUCUUCAAAAGUGACCGGAUCUACCAAGUCAUUAGAUGAUAAAUCCAAAGGCAGCGAGACAAGCUCAAAAUCUGAUGAUAAAAAUUCUAAGUUAAACAAAGAGAAAAAUAAGGUUUCCUCAUCUGAGCAUAAAAAAGAUACUGAAAAGGAGAAGAAAGCAUCUGAUCAUUCAGUACACCGGAAAGACAGCAAAUCCAAUACAACAAAGUCAUCAAGUGAGAGCAAGUCCAAGGAAAAAUCCAAAAACAGCAAAGAGAAAGUGAGUGUCAAGUCAAAAGAUACAAGUAAAACUGACAAAAAUACAAAAGAGGGAACUAAUGACAAAAAUGGCACAAAAGAGGGUACUAAUGACAAAAAUGGCAGCAAAGUAAAGAAAGAAGAAAAACAUGCUGACAAAAAUGUUAAACCAAGUGGUGAAAAAUCCAACACUGAGAAAGCUAAAGAAGUCUCCGAGGGAAAGGAAAAGAAUGCUGUUCCCAAUGAAAAACAGGCGAAACCCAGCAAAGCAACAGAUUCUGAGAACAAGGGGAAAAACUCUUCAAAUUUAGAGAGUACUGAAAGAAACAAAGAAAAGUCUCCAAGUACUAAUACAGGAAAUGAUACUGUAGCUCCUACUGAUCAGCUGAAAGACAAAGUGAAAGGAAAACAUGAGAAAUCUGGGAAAUCAAAGCAUAAGGAUGAAACCAAGUCAAAGUCGAAGGAGAAACACUUAGUUUCGGAAAAAACUAAAGACAAAGUUUCAAAAGAUGGGAAAAGUUCACACAAAAAGGAGGAAAAUAGAACGGAGUCGAGGAAAGACAGCUCAGAAAAGAAGACAGAAGCCAAAACUGAACAAACGGAAUCAUCAAAGUCGAACAGUUCUGGAUCAAAUGAGAAAAAUGAUGACAAGAAAUCAGAAAAUACAGAUGGAAAGAUGGAAACCAAAAAUCAUCAAGCAGAUUCUAAUAAAAAGAAACUGCAUGAAAGUGACAAAAUUCACAAAGUGCACAGGGAUAAACCAAAGUCGAGCAGUUCUAGUGUUUCUGAGGACAUCUUGAAAGGAGAACAAAAUAAGUACUUAAAGGAGGCCGAGAAAUCCAAACCCAGUAAACCUUACAAUAAAAGUAAGCAAGAUGUAGAAAAGACAAUAAAAACAGAGGGUAAACUGAGCAAAUCAGAGGGGGAGAAGAAAAAAUCUCCCAAAGUAAUAGCUGAAAAGAAGAAGUCCAAUAAAGAAAACAAGUCUGACAAAUCUGGGACAUCAAAGAAGAAAGAUAAAAAAGAGGAAACUGAAGAACACACAUCGAGUGAAGCAGCGAAAAAGGCUGAUGAUGAUUUUGAUUGGGAUGCUUGGCAAGAACCAUAUGUAUCUAUGUAUGAUAAGGUGAAACGUAGAUCAACUAUUAAAGACAAAGAGAGGGAGAUGGAACAAAACAGACAAAAACAACUAGACAAACUGCAAGAACGACGGCAGAAGAAAUCCAAAAGUAAUUCCAUACUGCAGAGUGAUAUCAGUUCCACCAAUUACACAGAUUCUGACGAGAGGGAAAGUACCAAAAAGCCUUUCAACAAACGUAGAUCAAAGUCAAAAAAGAUUUACAGUUCAUCCGAUUCAGACUCGGAUUUUACAUCCAGUAUCUUUCCAUCAGAGAAAAAGCUACAACCACAGAAACCCACAAUGGAUCCAUCCAAAAAAUCCAAAAAGACACCGUUUUUGGAUAUUUACUCAUCUGAUUCUGAUGAAUCAACAGACAGCAGUUUUAGUGCUUUACCUGUGACAAAGAAGAAAGUAAAGCCUGUUAAAAGAGACACUAGCAUUGAUAGUGAUGAUAUGUUUCCUUUGAAAUCAAAGAACAGUAACAAAAAAGACCAACAAAAAAGUAAACCAAAAACAUCAUACAAAUCCACUUCGGGGAAGAAGCAAAGUAUAUGUAGUAUAUAUUCUAGCUCAGAUGAAUCGGAUGACAGUGAUUCUGAUCUGGACUUUGGAAAGAAGUUUAGCCGUGCCAAGGGAAAUAAUUUCAGAGCAGAAGAAAAGAAACCAUUGCAAAAGUCAAAUAAGAUUUAUUCCUCGUCAGACAGCGAGUCAGCUGAGGAGCCUGACAUAAUCCCUGCUCCUAAACCCAUCUCUUUACCAAGUAAAUCUCCAAAAGACAAGAAGAAAGGAAAACAGAAAAUCCUUGAUGAUGAGUUGAAGAAACAUGUGAAUGAAACCAAGUUAGCUGAUAGGAAGACUUCAAGUGACAGGGAGACAUCUAAAAGCUCUGUUGUUUCCCAGACUGUGCAUGAAAAAGACAUCCGUGCAGACAGCUUACUUGACUCAAUGGAAAAGGUAACGGAGAGAAACAAAAAAGAGAAAUUGGCCAAGAAAAACAAAAAGAAGGAAAAGGAAAACAUAUUAGUUGGGGAAGGUAAACUGGAAAUAGGAAAGAAUUCUCAGUUUGGUUUGUUUGAGAAAAUGGAGACAUUCAUGAUUCAGAGUGAUGCAAAGGAUAGAAGUUCAUCCAAAGAUCAAAAAGCUGCAACAGAAGAGGCUUUCAAAAAUAAGGUCAAAGAUUUGCAAUCUCCACCUGCACAAGAUCAAGUUAAAAAGCAAAAGGACAACAAGAAAAAGAAAACAGAAAGCAAAAAGGAUAGGGAAGUUAUAAAUAAGAAGCAGCCAGCAUUAAUAUCACCCAUCAUGUCACCUGUUAAUGAAUUCUCCAGUGGAAUUAAUAUCAAUGAUUGUAAGACUGAUGUUGGAAAUGUUAUCGUUGACGAGAUUCCCUUGGACGAAAAUUCAGUAUUAAUGGAUCAUCCGUGCAGCAUGGAGAAUGACAAUGCAAGAAGUAUGUGGGACUCUAGUGAUGAAACCUUUGCUGAACAUCAGAGAAAUGAAAGUUUAGAGAAGGAAAAAAUGAGCAGUCUUUCAUCUGCAACAGAUGAUCUCCAGAUUUUACCAGAGAAAACCUCAUCGGAUGCUGAAGAUUCUAAAACGAAGAAAAUGAAGAAGAAGAAAGUUGUGAAGGAUGGUGAAGUACCCAAGAAAAACAAGAAGAUGGACAAGUUAGUCAAAGAUGGUAGUAAACAAAAGAAAAAGAAGAACAAAAAUAAAACUUGUUCGGAGGUGGAUAAAACCAUUGAUGAUGUUUCAAAGGGUAAAGACAUUCUUCAGUCACAUAUAGCAGGGACCGAAGAGCCAGAAAAUCAGAAAAUUGAAAACACGCACACUGAUCUUUCUGACGUUGACUUGGACUUUAGCACACCAUUAUUUGGAAACUUUGUUCCUGAGAAAAUAAAGCCAAACAGACCAUCUGCAAAGGAAAAAGUAGGAGAUGAGGAUACAAUUGAAAAUGAAGUUUCUGGUGAAGGUGAGAGAGUAAAUGAACCCACAGAAUCUGAAAUGGAUUCAAAAGCUUGUCUGCAAGAACCAUCUCUCAUUGAGAGUACAGCUGAAAAGACUGCAAACCUCAAAGAUGUAGAAAAUAAAACAUCUGUUAAGAAAGACAGUAGUUUGGUACUCUCUCCUGCUUUACAUGUGGCAUUGUCCCCUGACAUUGUGUCUCCAUUACAAGAUGUGGACAAAGGUCUUGGCAAAGAGUUGAAUAGUGCUAAACCAGCUGACAAUUUAUGGAAAGAAGUGAAGGGAUCCUCAGCCCUAAAUGUGUCCACAAGUAAAGUUCCAGAAAGUAGUCCAUCUCAAAAGAAAAAGUUUUCAAAGAAUGAGUCAUCUGGCAGGUCGGAUAUCUUUGAUUUUAAUGAUGAUGAGGAAGAGGUAUUUGACAAACUAAAACCUCGUCACAAUGCUGAGAGAGACAACGGUCUGAAGUCAAAAACUACAGAUUCAAACAAAACUCCGUUCAAAUGGGACAUUGGUGACAUAACCUCCAAAGAUACUAAAACUUCCUUUGAACCAAAGCUUACCAACAAAUUGGUUAAUCACAAGCAAGAGAGCUUGUUUGCAAGCUGGGCUAAAUCACUUGCUGAGAGUCAUGAGAAAGAUCAAAAUAUAAACAAAUUAGCAGAAAGUAACUUUAUCAAUAAAUUACCUAAGAAGCAUACCAGUAUUAAAAAGCAACCAAAGGCUCAGCAGAAGCAUGAAAGAGCAGACACAAACAAAGAUUCAAUAUCACAGGAGGUUGCUGAUGUUGCAUCUCGUGACAAUGUUAGUUGUGAUACUCAUGCUACUGAGAAGAGUGUGAUUUGUAAAAAUUCAGAAGUAGACAAAUCUGAGAAAGAAGAAAAAGAGGAUGUUGCUAAGAAAUUGGAAGAAGAGAACAGUAAAAUUGCAGAGACUCUAGAGGCUGUGUCAACUAUAGAACAGCUUCAAAAUGAGGAAAAAAGAGAAAGAGAAAAUGAUAUCUUUGCAGAUGAAGGAAGCCUUGUCAUCGACGAGACAAAUGCCUGCCUGCCUGAGAACAUUGAACAACCAGCAGAUCAGGAACCUCCACAGGCAGACAGUGAAACAGCUCUGGCUAUUCAGUCUAUACUGGGAUUAGGAGAAGAGGACACUGGUAGUAAAUUACAUGAUUACUCUGAACCAGAGCCAGUGGUGGAAACUCCAUUAUCUAGUCAUCAGACUGAAGAGAUUCCAGUCGCACAAGAUUUGCUAGAAGAAACACCGAGAGAUGAAAAUCAACUUCGAUCUUCUCUGGUUCAGGAACCUAUGCAAGAUCAGGUCAUUCUACCUCCUACAGACUUUACUCUUAAAACUCUAGAACAUGUUCCUGCUCCUAAGCCUUUAGAGCAGGUGGCUCCUACAAGUGUUUCACUGACGCCACAGAAAACCCUUCAAACAAUGGCAGGUCUUCAUGAUCUGAAGCCAAAAACUCCGAGAGGAAAGAAACAAGCAGAUAUAAAAGAGGCUCAGCAGAGGAGCUAUCAACAACUUGUUAUUGAAGACCCACUGCAGGAUACACAAAAUAAAGACGAUUCUGAUGAUGGAGCUCUUCAUAUUGCUACUGAUUUGCCUCCUUUGCCUCAUAAAGAAGAGCAAAGUAGAAAAAUGCAUCAACCAUUGGAAAAUGUGGAGCAAAUACAAAAUACACCUCAAGAAUUCGAAAUUCCAACUCCAAAGAAAACCAAGACCAGAAGAAAGAAGUCAGGAAAAGGCACUGAUGAACCUAACUCUAUACCAGUAUCUGAUUUAAAACCUAAUUCAGUGUUUGAACCUAGUUAUGGUUUACCGGUAUCGAUAAGAUCUGAACCAGAAACGGAGGUGAACACUGUUCAAGACGUGAGUGGUUUUGCUUCUCCACCUUUUGCUGGGGACAAAGUUAUGGAUGAUAAGGAAAUAUCCAUGUCUGACUACACUGACUCAGAGAGGAAUGAUGAUGGUGAUUUAGGAUGCGAAGAACCAAAGAGACCACAAAGGGGAGCCAGCAGAAGAAAGAAUUACAAGAAAAUGUCGGGCAUUUCACCCAGAAAUAAUUCACCACGAUCAAGAACAUCACCUAGGUCACCAAGAAUUGCAUCACCCAAACAACUGUCACCGAAGUCAGAUAUUGCCACACCUGUUGUGAAGAUCGAGCGACUGCCCAUGACAAACAAAAAUCUGAAACUAGAUGAAGAGCAAGCUUCCAAAGACAUCCAGUUGUCUAUAACACCUGUCAAAGAGACUGUUCCUGGGAAGGAUUCAGGUGUUCGACGUGGCAGGUCUGCUGGAUCUGCUAUUGAGACACCUCAAAAGACUUUGAAUGUUUACGAUUUCGAUGAAGUUGAAUCUGAGGAACAGAAUGCACCAAUACCAAAGAGACGUUCUUCAAGCAGAAAGAAGAAGUGCAAUGAAGAGGCAUUCGACACUAAAGAUUCUGGCAAAGUUUUAAAAUCUGAAAUAAUGGACACUGGCAUAAAAAUGACUAUCCGACCAACGGUAAGACCUAGUAAGGAUAUUUCUAAAGAAAAGGGAACUGAUUUGCAAAGACUGAAUGAGACAAGGAUGGCACCUUCCCAUGAAAAUAUUCCAAAAGAUCCAGUGCCCUCUCAUCCAAUAGAUGAAAAGAGGGCCAUGAAACCCAGAGAAAUCAUGAGUGCAGAACACAGAGCAAGAGCCCAUUCAUUUGCUAAUGAAAUUGUAAAGCCCUCUGCUGAUACUGAACAUUUUUUAGCAGUUGCUCCACAACCUACUACAUCUUCUCCAAUGAGUAAUAUUGAUAGAAUUAUCGAUAACGUCUCUAAAGGAAUCUUUGAUGCUGCUGAUGGGGGAGAAAUAAUUUCACCUCAACAACUCAACAAGUUCACCACACCUCUAACGGUGGACAUUGGAGCUUAUGAAAGAAAGCGAACUGCAAGUCGAGGCAGUUUUACUGAGGAAUUUUCUCUGAAGUCACCAUCUGUAAAGUCCCCUUCACUGAGAUCACCACAAAUAUCUGGAACGAGUCCGGCCUUCCAGUUACCCACAGGCCUUGUCAAGACUCCACCAAGUUCUAUCUCAGCAGUCAAUCCAUUGUAUCAGAGCAAGAUCAAUGCUAUAAUACCUAACUCUCUGUAUCCAGGACACAUGGCAGAGCUACAAAACAGAGAACCAGUGGGUCAUCAUCUAAUGCCAUCCACUCCCACAGCAACUUCUUCUCCCAUUUCUACCCAGUCUUCAGUCAUAGGGACAAUGGCAAAUAAACUGGAUAUACAUGUGACGAUGACAAUGCCACACUUGGCAAACAAUGCUGGCAGAGUUCCUGCACAUAUGUCAGGUUCUCUUGGAAAACCAGUUACUACCCAGAAAGAGAUUGGCAUGAACUUAACAAAGAGUGCAUUUGAAUCUGCUCCUACCUCUGUGUUGAGCACAGUAUCCUCCUCAAGUAUUGGGAGGUCUGUUAUUGCUAGUGCUCACUCCCAACUGGCUCAGAAUUCCACUGUUGCUGGAAUAAGGACACAACGUACUCAACCAAACAGUGCUGCAGUUGAAAGUGGGCAGAGAAUUCAGCAUAUCUCCCCACAUCUCCCAAAUCAAAAUGCACACAGUGAAGAGAAACCUGGCAUUGUUGCAUCUGUUUCAAUUGGAGAGCGUCAACAACAGAGUGUGACUUCUGCUCCGACAUGUGUAGUACAUCCUAUAACAACAACUUCACUCAGCAAGCAACCACAUAACAUGCCUACUAUGAUUCAGCCCCCAGCUGCAGGUGAGCGCUUCUUCUCUGAUCCCAAGCUAAGAGAGGGCUUGACCAAAGAACAGUUACAACGUUUACCAUACCAUCAGAUAAUGCAAGAGAUGCAGCAGCACCAAGCUCAAAAACCAAAUAAAACGUGUCAGAAACAGCUGGAAAUAGGUAAAGAGAGUCCUCAAAGACCUCCAAGUGCUCACAGCAACCAGCAUAAACAGAUGCUGCCUGGAGAAGCACAUGCUAGAAUUGCUCAAGAGCAGGCAGCAUAUUUAGCCAUGCAAGACCAAUUACGUACCCAGAUGUUACACAAACAGGGAUUUUUUACUCAAGGAUUAUGGCCUCAUCCACACCUUGCCUCUGCAAGUGUUAAAAGUGAUGAUAAAAAGCAGGAGGUGAAAACAACAUCUCCUAAUAUGCACCAACAGAGUAACAUAAUAGCUGCUAGCUCUCAGCAUCCUCAGAUUAAGUCUCCAGCCUUAGCACAAACUGCCCCCAGUAUUCAUCAGAUGGGCCAUCAGCCAGUUACAAAUACCAGUCUCGCAAACAUCAGCAAGAAGACUGCUGACAAGACAAAUGCUGCUGCAAUGAGGUGGGGCAAUGAAAUGGUAAUAUCAGCUCAUGAGGGACCCAAAUCUAGACCUCCUUCUCAUGAAACACCAAGAGCCUCUCCACGCGAGCAUUGGACUCAACCAAGUAACAUACCCUCUCAGAUGGGCCUCAAACCAGCUCACCAACCCCUGGAGCAUAAUGCUCCUAUGUCACAGAAAGAACAUAUCAAAAAGAAGAGAGCAGAGGAGCGCAAACAGCAGGAACUGGAGGAGAUACAUUAUCAGAGACAGAGAGAGCUACAAUUUAUAGAGAAACAAAUCCAAAUGGAGCAGGCUAAUGCACUACACAAACCUAGCAGUUCUACUUCCAACCAGCCCACUGACAUGCGACAGACGGCUCAUGUUCCUGGACAGCAAAGGCCAGACGGACAGGUGGAUAGUAAGAACUUGAUAGAUCCACGUUUUGUUCAACAUCCACUAUAUCCUGGGAUGCCGGAUAUGCGACGGCCUUCCUCUCAAAAUCCAAGUGCAUUUACACCACCAAUUUCAGGAUCUGACAUUUCACCUGCAAUUCCUGCACACAAGAAUUAUGCUGAAAUUCAACAACAGUUGUACCAGCAGCAUCCUCACCUGUACAAUGUAGCUUUGGACCCACAGUUUCACCUCCUUACAUCAGGUCUGCCAUCUCACUACCUGCCACGCCCUGGGGGUCUGUCUAUCCAGGACUUGACCGACCCUGCUCAGUCUGGUAGGAGCAGGUCACCCCCUCGAGUUCAGAAUGUCCCAGUCAGUAGUCAGACUUCAUCCAAACACAGGGAACAGGAGGAACGUAUGGUUCCCAUGCAUGAAACACCAAUGCACAUGCAGCCCCGAGUUAUACAGGAGGCCCCAGCACCAGGAGGGGAGGGAAGUCUACUCAGUCUUCUACAGCGUUACCCAGUUAUGUGGCAAGGUGUGCUUGCUUUGAAGAAUGACCAGUGUGUUGUCCAGUUACAUAUGAUCAAUGGAUACGAACAGUUGGUCAAGCUGUCUCUCCCACCACAAGGCCCUGAUGGGUCAGUGCAGCCUCUCCGUAUCGCCCAGAGAAUGAGACUGGAAGCAGCACAGUUAGAUGGUGUCAUCAAGCGCAUGAAGUUUGACAAUGACUAUUGCAUGCUAUUGGCCCUACCCUGUGGGAGAGACCAUGAUCAUAUCAUAGAGCAGACCAGAGCAAUGACCACAGGCUUUAUUCAGUAUCUACAACAGAAGCAAGCUGCUGGAAUCGUUAAUGUAGCUGAACCAGAGACACAGCAGCCAGCCUAUGUGGUUCAUAUUUUCCCACCGUGUGACUUUUCUCGGAAUACAUUGGAGCGCCUCGGAUUUGACUUGAUGCAGCCACUGAGAGAUUUAGCCCAUCUCCUUGUGAUUAUAACAACAGUGGCUUAAGAUUUGGAGUAUAACAUGUGAAUUAAGUGUACUGAACAUGGAAUUUAUUAAACUGUGAAUUUAAUUCAAAUAUGGUACCAACAACAGAAUCCAAAUUCAGUUGGAUUAACUAGUGAUUUAUAUUGCCUGUGGAGUUGUGUUUUGUGUACAACUAUAUCCACAAGUAUGACAUCUAUUUAGUGAAAUCACUGGCUUGGAAAUCAUACAUUUGUGAUUUAUAUAGGGCAUUUGUCUCAGUCUGUGAGAACAGUGAAUUGCACUUGUGUAGACUUCUGAUGGUGCAUUCCCACAAACUCUGUGUUAUUUGUGAUCCCUUAAAAACAACAAACUUUCUAUUAGUGCUGAAUUCUAAUGUAAUAUAUUUGUACAUACUGGAUAAUUAAUAUGUUUAUGUAUUGUGACAACAUACACUCUUAAAGUAGUGUUGUUGUCCCUGUAUUUAUUUCUGGCUCCAUUGUAGCUUUGUAUUCACUAGUGCUGAUGUAAAUAGUAACUUUGUCUAUACCCGUCCCUGUUAACCCACUUGUCUAAGGUCACAAGGACAAGGUGCAGAUACGUGAGCAUUUCAAUUUGCUAUACUCAUGAAAUGUAAUGGACAUAGAAUUAAAUUGCUUUUUUGUAAAUUAAGACAUAAUACUGUAAAAAAAAAAUUCUGUACAUACUAUGUAAAUAGCCUUGAUUGUAUUUACUUGCGUACUUCACAGUGUUACAAAUAGUUUUAGGUGUUGAUGUAUACUUUUAGUGUCUGUGAUAAGUCAUUUGAUAUGAAUUCUUAGGUGGUAUAUUUUGUUAUCAGCUAUGAUGUGGAGUUCCACCAUCAGGUUCUAUGUUGACCUUUCAUCCUUGUUAACAGUGAGUGUGCGAGAAUGCUUCUGUGACUGCGUUGAGUGUUGAAGUUUAGUGUGAACAAGGUGUGAAUUACUGUAGUUCUAAGAAUUACUCAGUUUCAAGACAUGAUUGUUCUAAUUACAAUUUUUUAAAAAAGUCAAGUGAACAAACUAUUUAGAGAACUCAACAAAAUAUAAAAUAAAAUAAGUAAAUAUGAUUGGAUGUACAGUGUUGUAUCACAUAUAAUUGAACAAGAUUAUGUAUUUUAGAAUCUUUGCAUUAAGUGUGACAUGUAUACAUGUAAGUUCAUCAAUUCUGAGAUCUCAUUAAGGCAGCUAUUCAUCACAGAAUGACAUACAGAAUGAAUGAAAAAUCCCUGUCCUAAAAUACAGGAAGAAAAAGAGAUGAGUGUGUAUUUGUGUGCGAGGUUUAUAUGUGUGUUUUGUAAUUUGUAUGUGUAGUAAUUGACAAAUAUCUAGACAAUGCUGGUCAUUAAAUCUAUUAUAACACAGAUACAGAUAUACUUCUUUGACAAUGUAAGAACAUGUAUUUGGUUGUUAAAAAUUAAGCGUUUUUGGAGAAAAUUGGUAAAGUUAACAAAAGAUACCCUUCAUUUAAAGAGAUUCAAAUUUUUUUUUUUAUUAUACAAAAUUGAGGGUUUUUGGGUUUCUUUUUUUUUUUUUUGGAAAAGUUUGGUGCUACAUUGUGAUACCUUGUUUGUUUCUCUGUAAGUUAAUAGCUGGGUGUUAGAAUUAUCUUCCAUGCAGAUCAGAGUUUUAUUUUUGUAAACCUGUGUUAGUUUUACAAUAUUAUGUGGCUCAAUUGUAUAUAUAUAAGUCAUUGUCACCUAAUUGUCAAACAUUUCAUCAGAGGACGCUUUAAGAGAAUAAAGUACAAGCCAAUGAAAUGAAA